AUGGCUCCUAGUGCCACACAUGGCACUCUCGAUUCCGCCGCAGCAAAGUCUACCCAAAAAGGAAACAAACUGGGUUGGCAGCCAGUAUCAUCUUCAGGGCAGAAUUGCAAAGUUGAUAUUAUUGAUAUCCGGCACGAUGCUGUUCAAAUCAAUUUGAAGGAAGAAAUAUUCAGGUCCUUGAGACCACAGACAGGCCCCAAACAGCUUCCCACGCUUAUUCUGUACGAUGAGCGGGGGUUGCAAUUAUUUGAGCAAAUCACGUAUCUGGAUGAAUACUAUCUCACCAAUGCCGAGAUAGAUGUGCUCAAAAGCUCCGCUCACAAGAUUGCGGAAGCCAUACCAGCUGGCUCUAUGGUCAUUGAGCUAGGUAGUGGUAAUUUACGGAAGGUGAGUAUCUUGCUGCAGGCACUGGAUGCUCUCGGCAAGGAAAUUGAUUAUUAUGCUCUGGACUUGUCUCUGAAGGAGUUGAAACGCACACUGGAACAAGUUCCUCCACUCAAAUAUGUGAAGUGUCAUGGAUUGCAUGGCACAUACGACGACGGUCUCGACUGGCUGAAGAUGCCAGAAGCGGCCGGACGUCCAAAGUGCAUUAUGUCCUUGGGAUCAAGCAUUGGCAAUUUUCACGUUCACGAGGCUGCUUCCUUCUUAAAGAAUUUUGCAGACAUCUUGCAACCUUCAGAUUCCAUGCUCAUUGGGCUCGAUGCGACAAGUGAUCCUGCGAAAGUAUAUCAUGCUUACAAUGUUCCAGAUCACGAAGGAGUUACCCACAAGUUUGUCCUUAAUGGUCUGCUUCAUGCGAACGAAAUUCUGGGAGAACAGGUUUUCAACCUUGAAGACUGGAAAGUAAUUGGUGAAUAUGCGUAUGACGAACAAGGCGGUCGCCACCAAGCCUUCUAUGCACCAAUUCGCAACCUGAACUUCAAAGACGUGCAAUUCAAGGCUGGCGAGCGUGUUAAGGUCGAACAGAGCCUGAAAUACUCACUUGAAGAAGCAAACAAUUUGUGGCAGACAGCUGGAUUGAGAGAGGUCAAUCGUUGGUCAGCCUCAUCCGACGCCUACAGCGUUCAUUUGUUAACAAAGAACAACAUGGGCUUCAACACGGAUCCUGCGGUGUAUGCACGCACUGUUGUACCUACCAUGGACGAUUGGAAAGGGCUAUGGACAGAAUGGGAUACUGUUACCAGUAGGAUGAUUCCCGAAACAGAAAUGCACGAGAAGCCAAUCAAGCUUCGAAAUGCGUGCAUAUUCUAUCUUGGACACAUACCCACAUUUAUGGAUAUCCAGCUCACUAAAGCCACCAAAGAGUCACCUACCGAGCCUACCUAUUAUCCGCAGAUCUUCGAACGUGGAAUCGACCCUGACGUGGACAACCCCGAGCAAUGCCACGCUCAUUCCGAAGUUCCGGACGAAUGGCCUCCUCUGGAGGAGAUUCUUGGAUACCAGGACGGGGUCAGAGAGCGAGUUCGAAAGCUCACCCUGACCAAAAACAUUCCACGUCACAUUGCUAGAGCGCUUUGGAUAGGAUUCGAGCAUGAGAUCAUGCACCUGGAAACUCUCUUGUACAUGCUGUUGCAAAGUGACAGGACUUUGCCUCCUACCAAGCACACUCCUGACUUCGGGGCUGCGGCUAAGCUCGCUGAGUCUGCUCAUGUGCCCAAUCAGUGGUUCCGUAUUCCAGAGCAAAGAAUCACCAUAGGACUUGAUGAUCCUGAAGACAACUCAGGUCCAGAGCAUCAUUUUGGAUGGGACAAUGAAAAGCCUCCAAGGACCGUAGUCGUCUCAUCGUUUGAAGCUCAAGGUCGACCAAUCACUAAUGGAGAGUAUGCCCGUUAUCUAGAACAGACUCACAAUACAAAGAUCCCGGCUUCCUGGGCCGAGACGAUGAUCAAGAGCAAUGGAACUAGUAACGGCUACUCAAAUGGACAGUCGAAUGGAUACUCGAAUGGUCACACUAAUGGUCAUCACAGCAGCCAGGUCCCUCUCACAACAUCCUAUCUUGAAGGCAAAUCUGUCAAGACAGUUUACGGUUUGGUUCCCCUCAAAUACGCCCUUCACUGGCCUGUCUUCGCUUCAUAUGAUGAACUCUCGGGAUGCGCGGCCUGGAUGGGUGGCAGAAUUCCAACUUUUGAAGAAGCCCGAAGCAUCUACAGUCAUGCAGAUGGUCUAAAGGCGAAGGAGGCUGAGCAGCACUUGGGAAAGACGGUUCCUGCUGUCAAUGGACAUCUUAGUAAUGAUGGUGUGGAAGAGUCGCCACCAUCCCAACCUUCGCAAGAUCGUGGAAGCUCGCAAGAGCUAUUCACUAACCUCGAGGGGGCCAACAUUGGCUUCCAAAAUUGGCACCCAGUUGCUGUCUCCGGCAAAGGAGACAAGCUUGCUGGCCAAGCUGACAUGGGAGGAGUGUGGGAAUGGACAAGCUCGCCACUGACAAAACAUGAAGGUUUUGAGCCCAUGCUACUGUAUCCCGCAUACACAGCCGAUUUCUUCGAUGGCAAACACAACAUUGUUCUUGGUGGCUCUUGGGCUACCCAUCCCCGCAUCGCUGGACGCAAGACAUUCGUCAAUUGGUAUCAACGCAACUAUCCGUAUGUCUGGGCCGGAGCUCGUCUAGUCCGCGACCUGUAA